AUGGCUGCCAAUCUGUCCUACCUCAUGCACACUUGCUUCAAUGCCUCACCCAAAAGAGUUCGCAGAAAGUCCAACCCCAAUUUCAAAGAUUCGGACGCUGAUGCUGUUUGGUCACGCCAGGGAACGCAGUAUAGUGAUAGGUCUCUGAAUUCACUCUUCCAUUGCUUCGAAAUUGAAGCUAAGCGUAACUAUUUUGUGGAUUAG